AUGUCGCAGGCUUCACAAACGCCUACCUACAGUCAGUUCGCGUGCGUUGGGACUGGGUUCUCGGCGAUCGGGCUGGGGGCUACUCUGAAGAGAUGGUAUGGCAUUGGCGACAUCAAAUUCUUUGAGCGGCACAGCGAGCUUGGAGGGACAUGGUUCAUCAACCAAUACCCAGGAUGUGCAUGCGACGUGCCCAGCGCUUUGUAUAGCUUCUCCUUCGAGUCUAACCCAGACUGGAGUCGAGUUUUGCCUCCCCAGCAGGAGCUUUGGCAGUAUCUUCACGAUGUCGCCAAGAAGUACUCGCUCAUAGACAAGAUGAGGUUCGGCGUCAACGUCGAACAAUGUGUCUGGUCAGAAGAGCGCAAACGCUGGAGGAUGAACAUUCGUCACUACGAAACUAACGAGGUCUUCGCGCACGAGUGUCAGUUCCUCUUCGCUGCCACGGGACAGCUUAUGCAACCACGGGAGAUCGACGUUCCCGGUUCAACAAGCUUCAAGGGCCGCAUCUUCCACUCGUCCCGGUGGGAUAAGACCGUGGAUAUCCAGGACAAGAAGGUCGUGGUUAUCGGGAACGGGUGUACCGCAUCGCAAAUCGUGCCGGCGAUUGUGGACAAGACGAAGCACCUUACGCAAGCGAUCCGGACAAAGCAUUGGGUCCUGCCGCCCGUCGACAAUGAGAACACGGAUUUCAUGAAGAAGGUUCUGAGGCAUGUGCCGGGGACACAGACGCUGCAGAGAUUUCUUGUCUUCGCUGCGGCAGAGAACACACUACGGGGGUUUUAUAUGACGAAUGACGGGAACAAGUAUCGCAAGCGUGCUAGAGCCAGCGCUGAAAAGUACAUGAAGACAAUGGCGCCGGAGAAGUAUCACGACAAGCUCAUACCGGACUUCGAACUGGGUUGUAAGAGACGCAUUUUCGACGCGGGCUAUUUGAAGAGCUUGCAUUCCGAAAAUCUCACCUUGCUAGAUGAUCCGAUCCAAGAAAUUGUACCGGAAGGUAUCCGUAUCGAAGACGGCGUCACAGAGGCGGACGUCAUCGUUUUGGCCAACGGGUUUGUAACGAACAACGCAGUUGGAGGCCUGGACGUCGUUGGCCGAAACGGAGAGCAGAUUGACCAGCAUUGGGAGUCGUUUGGUGGCCCGGAGGCCUACAAUUGUACGAUUGCAAGCGGCUUUCCCAACUUCUUUGUACUUCUUGGACCAAACUCACUUACAGGUCACACAUCCACGAUCAUCGCGGCCGAGAAUUCCAUCAACUUUGCGCUCCGCAUCAUUAAACCGGUGCUCGACGGCAAGGGGACGACCAUCGAGGUCACCCGAGAGGCAGAACAGGAAUACGUCGACCAGAUGCAGGCCAACAUGCAGAAGACUGUGUGGUCCACAGGGUGCACCAGUUGGUAUCUGAAGGACACAACAAGCGGCAAGAAGUGGAACGGCUCGACCUAUCCUUAUUCGCAGGUGUACUUCUGGUACCGCUGCUUGUUCCCAGAUUUUGGGGACUUGCAAAUUCGGGGACCAACUCAUCCGGGGCGGAGGAGACGGACGUGGCCGAAGAAGCUGGCAUUUGCUGCCGUCGUGGGAUACGCUCUGACACUGAUAUUUGGCCUGGCUCGGAAUCCAUUGGCUCGCAACCGCUAUUGGCAACAGCUGAGUGUAGGCAUGCAAUUGCUGAGAGCUCUGUUUAUGAUGAAAUUGGCGAAUAUGAGAAAGAGAGUUGGCAUAUCAUGA